AGCUUUCUAUUUUUUUCUCGUGUGGAAUAUGAAUAAACUCAUGUUGUAUUAAACUGAUCACAGAGUUUAAUGCAAACAUAAUUUUAUAGUGAUGUGUCGUCCUUUUAGCUUCUAUGAAUAUCAAAGUAAUGUGAAAACAUGGAAUACUAAGUAGAAAACAGAACAGCUUUUCCCUGUAGCUUACUCGUCAUUUCUCCCAUCCUAGGAUAACGAUAAAGUCAUAAAAUAAUAUUUUUACUAUAAAUAUUUGUGCUGAAGCUAACAAUUGUGAAGAUAGAGUGCACAAGAAGUAGCAAGCAGCAACAGCAGAAAUAAAGUAUUGAGGAAGUGCUUUCGAUUUCCCACUAGCUCACUCGUAUGAGAAAAAAGCAGAGAAAAAUAAACUGAAAUUUUUUAUUUUUUUCUGAUAAGCAUUCAAUGUUAUCCUAAAGGAAAAAACGAGAACAGAGUAAAAAAAAUUAUAAUCAAAUUACAUGUUAUUACAUGGAAGCGGUAAAAAUGUGCUUGUUCGUAUUAUAAGAGAAAAGAAAGAAAAUUGAAAAUUCUGUUUUCGCUUGGGUUGUGAAGAAAAAUAAAAUAUAAUAAAAAAAAAGAAAGAAGUGAAUUCAAAUUGAAGUUAAAGACUUCGUAAGGAGGAUCUGCUCAACAGAAUAGUGAAAUAAUGUGCUCGUUAAGAAUGUUUGGUGCCCAUGGGCUGCUAAUAUUGAUUUUCAUCGCCCUCGGGACAAAUGGCCAAAUGUUAACCGAGAAGAUUCCUCUAGGUGCAAUAUUUGAACAAGGAACGGAUGAAGUCCAAUCAGCAUUCAAAUUUGCUAUGCUCAAUCAUAAUUUAAAUGUCACCGGAAGGCGAUUUGAGCUUCAGGCAUAUGUUGAUCUUAUAAGCACGGCUGAUGCUUUCAAAUUAUCUCGACUAAUUUGCAAUCAAUUUUCUCGUGGAGUAUUCGCUAUGUUAGGUGCAGUUUCGCCAGACUCAUUUGAUACAUUACAUUCCUACAGCAACACAUUUCAAAUGCCAUUUGUGACGCCUUGGUUUCCUGAAAAGGUUCUUACUCCGUCAUCAGGUUUUCUAGAUUUUGCUAUUAGUAUGCGACCGGACUACCACCAAGCAAUUAUAGAUACGAUACGGUACUAUGGAUGGGACAAGAUAACAUAUUUGUAUGAUUCGCAUGAUGGACUCUUGAGACUGCAGCAAAUAUAUCAAGGUUUAAAUCCUGGAAAUGAAACAUUUCAAGUGGAAAUUGUAAAGCGUAUAAAUAAUGCUAGUGAAGCGAUUGAGUUCUUACAGAAGAUCGAGCUACUAAAUCGUUGGUCAAGAAAGUAUGUUGUUCUUGAUUGUCCCACAGAUAUGGCUAAAGAGAUUGUUAAAAGUCACGUGAGAGAUGUUUCGUUGGGAAAGCGAACAUAUCAUUAUCUACUUAGUGGUUUGAUUAUGGAUGAAAGAUGGGAGAGUGAAAUUAUCGAAUAUGGUGCUAUUAACAUAACAGGAUUUCGUAUUCUCGAUACACAUAAACGUUAUGUGAAAGAGUUCUUAGAUGGGUGGCGUAAAUUAGACGCAACAACAUCGCCCGGUGCUGGAAAAGAACAAAUAUCGGCACAAGGAGCCUUGAUGUAUGAUUCGGUGUUUGUUUUAGUCGAAGCAUUUAAUCGUAUUAUAAGAAAAAAACCAGAUCAAUUUCGAAGUUAUACGAUGCGACGACAAAAUGGUCAAGUCAAUGGCACAACAAAGUUUCUUGAGUGCAACACAUCGAAGGGUUGGGUGACUCAGUGGGAACAUGGAGAAAGAAUUGCAAAGAAUUUGAGAAAAGUUGAAAUUGAGGGACUCACUGGUGAUAUUCGUUUUAACGAUGAAGGCAAACGCAUUAACUAUACAUUGCACGUUGUUGAAAUGACCGUCAACAGUGCAAUGGUGAAAGUUGCUGAAUGGUCAGACGUGUCAGGCAUUACACCCAUUCUUGCUAAAUACACACGAAUUAGAAAUCACGAAAUCGAAAAGAAUAAAACUUACAUUGUCACGAGUAUCAUUGAAGAACCUUACAUGAUGUUGAAACAACAAGAUUUAAGUGGAAAAGUUUUAGACGGAAAUGAUAAAUAUGAAGGAUAUUGCAAGGAACUUGCUGAUCUUAUUGCCAAGCAAUUGGAUAUAAAUUAUGAAAUAAGAAUUGUUAAAGACGGAAAUUAUGGCUCGGAGAAUCCAAAUGUCAUUGGUGGAUGGGAUGGAAUGGUUGGUGAAUUGAUUAGACGUGAAUCAGAUAUCGCAAUUGCAUCAAUGACUAUAACAUCAGAACGAGAACGUGUCAUCGACUUUAGUAAGCCUUUUAUGUCAUUAGGCAUUUCCAUUAUGAUCAAAAAGCCCGUCCGACAACGUCCCAACUUCUUCAUGUUCCUCAAUCCAUUAUCGAAAGAGAUUUGGGUUUGUGUAAUUUUAAGUUUUCUGGGCGUGAGCAUUGUGCUGUACAUCGUAUCCAGAUUUUCCCCACAAGAAUGGCGACCUAUUAGUGCUCAGACACCGCCAAAUAAUAACUUCACUAUGCAAACGCAAACGAUAACGACACAUCAGACCACUUCGCUUAAUGAAUUUAGUUUGUUAAAUUCAUUUUGGUUUGCAAUUGCUUCGCUCAUGCAACAGACUUGUGACUUUUCACCGCGCUCGUUGUCGGGACGUAUUGUCGGUUCAGUAUGGUGGUUUUUCACGCUUAUAUUGAUUUCAUCGUACACUGCAAAUCUAGCAGCUUACUUAACAGUUGAACGAAUGGUGACUCCAAUUAAUUCCCCCGAGGAUCUUGCCGCGCAAACAGAAGUGCAAUACGGAACAUUAUAUCAUGGAUCAACAUGGGAUUUCUUCCGAAAAUCUCAAAUAUCACUUUACAAUAAAAUGUGGGAAUUCAUGAACUCGAGAAAGCAUGUUUUCGUCCAUUCAUAUGACGAGGGUAUUCGACGGGUUCGGACGUCAAAAGGCAAGUAUGCUUUGCUCAUCGAAUCGCCAAAGAACGAGUAUAUCAAUGAACGUGAGCCUUGUGACACAAUGAAAGUCGGACGAAAUCUCGAUGCGAAAGGCUUUGGCAUUGCAACUCCUUUGGGAUCGCCACUAAGGGAUCCCAUAAAUCUAGCUGUUUUACACUUGAAGGAGAAUGGGGAAUUGGCCAAAUUACAGAACAAAUGGUGGUUUGAAAAGACCGAAUGCAAAGGCGAUAAAGAUAAUCCUACGAUGUCAAGAAAUGAAUUGUCGCUGACUAAUUUGGCGGGAAUAUUUUACAUACUAAUUGGAGGAUUGCUUGUGGCACUUGCUAUAUCAUUGGUCGAAUUCUGUUUUAGGAGUCAAAAGUCGCCAACAACCACAUCACUUACAUCAAAUACCAUGCAGAUGACAGAUACAAUGAAACCUAAAAGUCGACUUCCGAUUACAAGUGCCAGAGAUUAUGAUAAUGGACAGUAUUAUCCUCAAAGCCCUUCAAUGGAACAUCCGGAAACUCACCACAUCAAUGCUCAUCCGCAAACUUGAUGUCAUAAUGCGUAGGAGUCAAAGCAGAAUUAUUUCAUAAACUCCUACGCAUUGAAGACUUUUGAGAACACUCUCAAUAAUCAACAGUUAAUUCAUUUGCAUCAGCAAACGAAUAGUAGUAAUUUUAUGAACCAGAAAUCUUCAAAUUGAUAAUCAUUUGGCCACCGAAAAGAGCAACACAUAUAAUAAGCUAUAAUGCUAUUAUAUUGAGGGAAUAAUGGAUAUGAUACUUAAAUCUGCAUACAAAUUUCCCGAAAAAUAUCAAAUAUUUGAAUACAUUGUCGAAAAAUGAAUCAAGUGUGAACGAAACUUGUCGUUCAAGUCAACAACAAUCAUAAAUUGAUUUUUGUUUUCUUUUUAUAUUAUUAUUUGAUAUGAAAGCUAAAGCACAUGUGACUUAAGUUUCUUUAGGUGAAUGAAAUUGGAGAAAUUGUGAGAAAUUAAUAUUAAAACUAACAAUCUAAGACUUACUAUUUAAUAAUUCAGAUAUACAUUCAGUCAUUAAGUGAAAACACUAUAAUAUUUAACAUAAGGUUAAAUUAAAUUUAAACAAAUCACAUGAACAUUGUUUGUUGUUAAAUGUUUGAUUCUCAAUUAAAACGACUGUAAAAAAGGCUACAGUAACUUUUUUAUGUUUGUUUUUGUAUAAAAAUGUAUAAAAUUUGAGACUCAAACUAAAUAUAUUUAAAAGGAUAUCAUUGGAAUAUUGUCAAACAUUGUAAGCAUCGUUUAAUAAAGGAAUAUUAAAAUGUAGAUAUAUCAAAAAGGAUUAAACUUAAAGAUCAAUUUGUACAUAAAUAAUAUCCCAAUAAAAGGAUUUAGAUGUAAAAUUACA